AUUUCUCGUAAAACUUAAUAAAUUCACAAGAAAAAAUUAACUAAGUACCGUGAUAAUAUGUAUUUCCACAUAAUUGAAGCUGUGUAUGUUCACGUUCAACACAAAACUAACUAUUGUUAUCAAAACUAAUCAGUUUUUAUCACUUGUAAACUUUGUAAUGUUCUUAGAGUGACAGGACAAGAAGCAAUUAAUUUCUGGCAUUUAAAUUUGCUUAUUUUGUGCUGAAACGAGCCAGUCUCAUUUGCUUCCGCCAUACUGCAGCUGGAAGCCUUUUAAAAUUCACAAUGAAAAUUCGUGACCAGUUUUUAUUUAUCUCAUUCGCAAUAAUAUGUCGAAUUGGUGUGGCAUCUCCAAACAGACGCGGAACAGAUGUGGUCCUAGAUGUGGAUAACACUGAUCCAUAUUAUGCGACUAGAUCAGGCUAUGCUAAUGCUGAGGCUGGUAGCUACGCUAGUAGUGGUGCAGUUGGUUAUGGGGAAGCAAGUGGGUUCGCUGGCGGUGGAGCAUCAGGCUAUGCUAAUGGAGGAGCAGGGGCAGCUGCGGGGGCAACUGCAGGGGCAACGGCAGGAGCAACGGCAGGGGCAACGGCAGGGGCAACGGCAGGGGCAACGGCAGGGGCAUUGAUUGCGGUGCCACCAAUAGGUAUUGCACCACCUAAGUACGGUGAAGAAAGUCUAUCUGGUGCCUAUAGCGGUGGAAGCAGUGGUGCCUACGGCAGCGCAAGUGCUGGCGCCAAUGGCGGUGCAGGUGCUGGCGCCUACGGUGGUGCAGGUGCUGGGGCCUAUGGUGGUGCAGGUGCUGGCGCCUCUGGCGGUUCAGGUGCUCGUGCCUAUGGCGGUGCAGGUGCUGGGGCCUAUGGUGGUGCAGGUGCUGGCGCCUAUGGUGGUGCAGGUGCUGGUGGUCAUGUUGGUGGAGGUGCUGGUGGCCAUAUUGGUGGAGGUGCUGGUGGCCAUAUUGGUGGAAGUGCUGGUGGCCAUAUUGGUGGAGGUUUAGGAGGAUAUAUUGGAGGAGGUGCUGGUCUUUAUGGCGGUGCAGGUGCGGGUGCCUAUGGCGGCGCAGGUGCGGGUGCCUAUGGCGGCGCAGGUGCCGGUGCUUAUGGUGGUGCAGGUGCUGGUGCCUAUGGCGGUGGAGGUGCUGGUGCCUAUGGUGGUGGAGGUGCUGGUGCAUAUGGCGGUGCGGAAGCUGGUGCUGGUGGUCAUAUUGGUGCAGGUAUUGGCGCCCAUCUAGGUGGUAGUAUUGGCGGAUUUAUUGGUGGAGGUGCUGGGGCUUAUGGAGGUGCUGGUGCUUAUGGAGGUGCUGGUGCUUAUGGAGGUGCUGGCGCCUAUGGUGCUGCAGAUGCUGGCGCCUAUGGUGCUGCAGAUGCUGGUGCCUAUGGUAGUGGUCCAGCUGGCAACCUUGUUGGUAUUGCUCCUGAUCCUUAUAGCGGAGCAGAUGGUGGUGCCUUAGUUGGUAGUGCUGCUGGUGCUUAUAGCGGCGCUGGUGCUUACAGUGGGGGAGCAGCAGGUGCCGCAGCUGGUGGAUAUAGCGGUGCUGGCAGUUCUAGUUUUGCUGGAGGUGGUGCCACUAGUUUUGGUGGAGCUACAGCUUCUAGUUACGCUGGUGCUGAAGCUGCUGGUUAUUCAGGUUUUGUGUAA